CUCAUCAUUUCAUGAAGGCAUAUUCUGAUUUUUUUUUUUUUUUUUUUGCAUUGAUGCACAUGCACGAUGCAAAAUGAUUUGUUUUCUUUAGGAAAAUAAAAAAUAAAUACAAAAGAAAACAUUUGAUUUUUUAUAUGCAUUUAUAUAAGAAAACGAAGAGACCACGAAUUGGCCAAUCCAUCAACAAUUACGGGAUCUCACACUCCCUCUCGGAAGUCGGACCUCCUUCUAAUACGGCAUCGUCGGGAGUACCGUCCGCUCAGUAGAAGUAGAUGAGGCUGUUGAGGAGGAUAGCGGGGUUUCUAGGGUUUGCCAAGGACGACGGGCCCGAAGUCAAAGACAACGAGGAGGAAGACGAAGACGAUGAUCAAGCCCACAAUCGGCCCCACUUUCAAGAAACUGGGCUUCCCCGCAAAGGCUUCAGCGUUCCCCGCCAAGUCGUCGUUGAUCGGAACCUACCCGGUCCCGUCCUCGUUCCUUGCCGCUCCGGCGACGGCGGUGUCCAGCUCGUACUUUGGAUCAUAUUUAUCUCCAUGGCUGGAGCGAAGCAGAUAACGUUACUCAACUCCUAUUAUCUCUGCAUCCAGGGUCUAAAAUGGCAUGCAAAGAGACUCAGGAUAGACGAGGAUGGAGAUGUAGCAGACGAGUUCCUUGAUGAGGUCUUCCCAGGGAUGUCAAUCAGUACAGAAAAUAAUAGGGCAUUACCAAGGUUUGAAGUGAAACACAAUACCAAGCCAGCUAAAGUGAAGACUCAGGCCUUGCAUGAUGGGAAAAUCAGACAGCGCGUGGAAUACCGGGGUACAUCACAGUGGAGAUGAAGACUUCUAGAACAGAUUAUCAAGUCCAGGGAGUUUUUAAUAUAAUUUUAGCGGUCUUUUAACUUUUGAGUGAAUUUGUCAUCCGUGUUCUGGUGCGGACUAGAAAUGUGGAGGACUAUGUCCCAUUAUAUUAAUACCUAAGGUUUACGGUUUGAAAACUGGUUGGUUCCUUAAGGUUUUGGGUUGUACUGAUGGUUGGCAACAGAGCAUCUUGGACCUGUCUUCAUGGACUUGCAUGUAGGAGUUGAGUGUAAACAUUUCGUAUAAUUCAGUAAUAUACACUAGUAGUGGUAAUGCUAAUUCUGUGUUCUGGUGUUUUCUGUGAUCAA